AGAUUGUGCACGUGGUCGCUAUAUUCGCACGUGAGACAAGGAAAGCAGGAGCUCAAAUAGGCGCGACAGCUCAGAGAAUAAAAACGACAAACUCUCCUGCUCCGGUGACAAUUGCCGGCGAAUUAUUUGUAAUCAAUUAAAUAAAAAGAGAAAGGAAAAUGUCGGUAGACGAGGGUAACUCAAUUUACGUAGGCAGCCUCCCUUACUCCGCCACUGAAAACACCAUUCGCAGGGUAUUCGGUCCUUACGGCGCCAUCGUCUCCGUCAAGAUUAUAAAUGAUCAGGGAAAAAGUGGAAAGUGUUAUUGCUUUGUUACUUUUAGAAAUCCAAGAUCUGCAAUUGAUGCCAUCACUGACAUGAAUGGCAAGACUAUUGAGGGACGAGUCAUUAGGGUUAAUGGAGUUACAAAUAGAGAGGGAAGGCCCAAUUUCAGUCGAGAACGAUCUUGGCGUAGCACUGAUAGGGGUUUACAUUUGGAUCAUAGGAGUAGGAGUAGAAGUCGGGAUCGUGAAAGGGAUUAUGAGAUGGAUUGGGAUUAUAGGGGUAGAGAUCGAGGAAGGGAUUUUGAUCGUGACAGGGGAAGGCAUAGAGAUCAGUAUGAUGAUAGGUCUAGAGAGCGCAAUCAGCCUUGGGAUCAUGAUGAAGAUGGGGAGAGGCGACGUGAGCUUCCAGUUAUUCAUGAUCGGCCAAGGGAUAGAGAUCAAAGCCAUGACAGAGUAAUGGUAGAAGAUGAAUUUGGAAAGGGAAGGAAUGUCGAUUGCAAUUGGGAAAGUGGACGCAGUUUACAUUCAGAUCAAGAAUGGGGGACUGAGAGAAUCAGUGGUGAUAGCAAACUAGUUGACAAGGAGGUAGACCAUCAAUCAAGGAGACAGAAUGAAUAUAAUGAUCAACAUAGCAGGGAAAUAUCUUCAGAUUCAAGUGCUGAUUCCAAUGAUGAGGUGGAAGAAAAACUGGAAAGAUCAAUUGAGAGGCGUGAUGAACUUAAAAAGGAGAUUUUUCAGCUGGAGAAAAGGUUAGAAGAUAAACAACUAUAUGUCUCAAAUUUGCGAAAAAAAGCUCAGAUACUAGAGGAUGCAUUGGAUAAGGCACAAGAGCACUCCUCGCAACAUAAGAUGCAAUUGAUCACGAUGCAUAAAUGUUUUCUGCAAGUGAAAGACUACUCUGCAAGACUAAAGAGCUGUGAACAAGAACUUCAGUCUCUUGUAGAUUCAGCACUAACAAAAAAUUACAUACCUGAUGAUGCUGGCAUAAAUUGUGGAGUCCCCAUCAACAGCAAUGCGUGAUUUUGGCUCGUACCUUUAGCAUACUAACUGUGCAUGAACAUACAUACACACUUUGUAAUUAUGCUGCUGGAAUGCACAAAUUGUUUUUCUUCUGAAAUUCUGAUCAUUUAACUACCUGUAAAAAAACUAAGUGAAUAUACAAUUUAUUUGAGUUUAGGUUCAA